AUGGCAUCCUUCAACCCAAAUAUACCUGUCCGGGGCAACCCCUUCCUUGACAUCCCCUCCGACAUAGACACUCACCCUUUCCGCUUACUAUGGGAGGAUGUCUCCUCCGUUUUCCUUCUAGCCAGACUGCUGCCCUCUAUCUUCUUACCUGUCUUGCCAUUGCGUUCCGGACCACUGGAUGAGCUCUAUCCAACUUUCCGCAAUCUAAGUGAUGUCUCUCUACAUGUUAUCCUUAUUCUCAGCCAGGUGUUCCUGCUUAUAUCCUUCCCAGUUGCUCUGGCCACCUUUUGGAUAUUCCCCACGGGUGUUCAUGUGGUAUUUUGGGUAGCCUUUACCUUCUUUACUAUGGUGAUUGUCAGACUUCUGAAUGGGCCCCAGACAGGGAGGUCCCUAAUCGGCAUUCCGAGAACGAGGGACCCAGUCAACGAUGCAACCGAGCCGUGGUUUUUCAUCAAUGGAAUAGCCACCGGGAAGCACUGGCACCAGUCGAACCUGACCGCGCUGGCAGACACCUUUGGCCGGCAAAUCGUGGGCAUCCACAACCCGACCAAAGGUGUUAUCCUGGAUCUCGUCGAAUGCCUCAUCCAGCGCGACCUCGACUACAAAACGGCUGACAUCCGACAAGGACGAGCCCAGCUUCGUUCGGCACUCGCCGCAUCCAGCACGAAGAAGGUUGUCCUCAUCGUCCACUCGCAAGGCGGGAUUGAAGCGUCCUCGAUCAUCGACUGGCUGUAUGGCGAGCUCAGCGAACAUCAAAUGCAGAAACUAGAGCUAUAUACCUUCGGCAACGCAGCGAGGCAGUUCCGCAAUCCUCCUCUGCACGAGCAGCCAGACAACGAUCCGGAAGGCAAGAUCCCCCGUCGACAGAUUCAAGGAGAAAGAGCCAUCCGGUAUAUUGAACACUACGCCAACAUCAAGGACUUCGUGGCAAAUAUUGGCGUGUUGCAGUUCACGUCGCCUACAGGCGCAUAUUCAAACGCGAGUGUGUUUUCUGGGACGGUCUUUAUCCGAGAGGGAUCGGGGCAUUUGUUCAAUAUGCACUAUUUGGAUCCGAUGUUCGGGGAGGAGAGUGCCUUUAUGGAAAGUAUGGUCAACAUGCUGCCUGUCGGUGGACCGGGGAAGACUGUCUCGAUGCGAAUCAGGGAACUGUCCAGGCUGUACAAGUACAAGAAUGGGGAGAGUCCGGAGGAACCGGAUGCUAUAAAUCGGCGGCUCAAAGCGAUUGAUUACUUUGAAGAUGGCGGUCCUUAUCUCCUCGACGCCCCAGGCCACAGAGUCAGCCACAUUGCCGCUCUGGCCCGUGUUAUCUUGAGUAUUAUGUCAGGUUCGGGCUCCGACGAAGAUACAUUUAUCCUCAUGGCCGGCGAUAUUCGCCACUACCCCGGCGUCCGUCGACCGGAUGGAUAUGACACAAUCUGCGGGCCAAACGGCGAUCGGCUUUCAGGAGGACAGAAGCAGCGGCUAGCAAUUACGCGUGCGCUUGUUCAUAAGCCCAAGCUCCUGCUUCUGGAUAAGUCGACAAGUGCUCUAGAUGCGGAAUCCGAGCGCUUGCUUCAGGAUGGUCUUGAGAAAGCUGCAAAACAUAUGACCAUCAUUGCCAUUGCGCAUCGGCUAUACACUAUCCGCAAGGCGGAUGUGAUCUUCUUGAUUGAGAAUGGGCGCUGCGUUGGUCAAGGCACACACGCGCAGCUGAUGGAGCGUAGUGAGAGCUACCGCGUCAACGCCCUAAACCAAGCGGUUGGCUCGUGA